AUGUCCUACGGAAAGAAAGUCGCAACUAUCGAAGGUUCCAUCACCGGCUGGAAGCGAGUUAUCUCGAUUGUUCAAGUGUAUAAAGGAAUUACACGGACGGAGCCUUUGAACGGAUUCGAGACGAUGUCACUUGGCACAAGGCAAGUGAGGGAGCUCAAGGUUGACCACAUGCAACAAACCUGUCGUUGGGUCCCAAGGAAAGCGAAAGGUUUUCAGCCUGCUCCAGCACUAGGCUCUUGGAAUUUGAACGUCAAGUUAAUGGCAGAGCAAUUCGGCAACAGUUUUACAAUCAUGGGAUGCGAUCCACCACACGUGAAGGACAAGUUCUGGUCUGCUUCAGGCGCAGAUAUCAUAUGGCAAACCAUGAACGACGCUAUGAACGAUAUCCAAUACGACUUUUGCAAGUACUCCCUCCCUACUGAGAAGAUCUUCUGCAAUUGA